UCCUGUGGCCUCGUCUCUGCGCUGGUUUUCUCUGCUCUUCUCGGUAGCCAUUCUCUCUGGUGACAUGGCCACGGGUUGACAGUUUUUACCUUCUCCACCCUCCUCAGUUGACAUUUUUCUGUAAAAAAGAAAUCAAAAAACACACGAUCAAGUGCAGAUGCUCUGACUGGUUUGGCUCGUUACAUGUUCCCUGGAGGCCACUGAGACUGAAGUCCACAGUAAAAAAGCCCCUCUGGCUCGUUCAACAUCUGUAGCCGACUGUCCAAUGAGAGGCAGCUGCAAAAGUCGAUGUGACCAAUCAAAAGCGAGGAGGUGUCCUUUAACACGUCGCCUGCACAAGGGCUACAUACAAUUUGGUGAAGUUUGAACGGAAACCGUGAAGCGGACCAACACACUUCAGCCUCAUUUUAACAUGGCACCGGCUGGGAUUCGAGCGAUGCCGAAAUGGGAGAGAAAGGUGCGCGCGUUCUUGUGCGUUUUCGGUCUGUUUCUGUCAGUUUACGCGCUCCACGUCGAGCUGUCCCGAGAGUCAAACCCAGAAUACAGGGCGAUGUGCGACCUGGGGGAGUCUGUGAGCUGCUCCAAAGUUUUUACCUCCAGAUGGGGACGUGGUUUUGGUUUGGUCCAGUUCUUUGUGGCCAAAGAUAGUGCCCUGAACCAGCCCAACAGCGUGCUUGGCAUCAUAUUUUACUCUCUGCAGAUGUGCCUUGGUCUGUCACUGUCCAAGAAAGCAGCAAUCUGUUUGGUCCUCUCCUCCUGGGUGUCGGUUGCCGGCUCGCUCUAUCUCGCGUCAAUUCUCGCCUUUGUCCUGGGGGAUUUCUGCAUGGUCUGCGUGUCAACUUACAUUGUCAACUUUGCACUGCUCUUCACCAACCUGAAACGAAGGAGAGCAAUUGAAGGGAUGAAGGAAAAGGCUGGAUAGACUGUGUCACUUGUGUAAUUCAACACCUUGUUUUUUUCUGCUGAGGUGAAGCCACACUGGAUCUGAAAAGCAAUUUUGUUUCCGCAGUUUUUUUUUUCCUCAAAGAAACAGGAGUGAGUGUGCGUCUGACAACUCAUAAGAUGAUUUUCAGAACAGAAAGAUGAUAAAGCAGUUGUAAUUUUUUUUUAAAUCAUUGCAGAUGAUUUCCGAUACAAAAUACACAUUUUUGAGUAGUAUACCUUUUGUCUCCUGUGAUUUAGGCCUGGCUUGUGAAGUCCAGAAAAGUGGAUAUAUACUAUAGUGAACAGUAAAACCUACCUGGUGGUAAAACAAAUCAGAGCCUUAAAAUUACUCAGUCCUACCAGUAGAUGGAGCUAAAUGUCAAAUACUGUUUCAGUUCAAUAAAAAUAAUGUAUUGAGAA